CGUACUUGUAGAGCAUCUCCCUGCUAAGAAUACGCGCUUGUGAUUGGCUGAAAAAGCAAGCUCACUGUAAGCGAAUCUUCAACAUUGACAAUUACGUGAACGAGAUCCCGGAGAACGCAACAAGGCACACUACAACGGGUGGACCAGUGAUGAGUUACAGGGUUUUGAAGAGGAAGCUACACAUCCAGGCUGCUCCGACACGGUCAAUUGUUGCAAAGAACCUCGGACAUCACCAACUAAGCGAUGUUCCCUAUGCCCAGCAGCCUCUGUUCAACGCACUGGGCCAACCACCGACGCUGCUAGAGGUGAACGCACCACCGUCGUUCCCGGUGGUUCUCCAGUCCUCCAAGCUGAUCUCGCUGUCGAACAUAGCGACAACAAGACUGACGCCCUAUAUAAGCCUGAAGAACCUCGUGUUGUGGAAGCCAUGGCGGUUUCUCACACUGGAGUCAACAACGCCUGUGUCACUGCUCGUCACAGGCCAAAGUCUGUCCGUGCUGACCCUUGAUGGGUCUACCGAUUAUGUUCUCUUCCCAAGGGACUCCCUUCUGGCGUAUGCCGGUGCUGCGCUGAGACUGGGAGCUGUGAGAAGAGUCAAGGGACUCCCAGGGUUCGAGUACACCUUGUUACAAGGCCGUGGUGAGGCCGUGGUGCAGGCUGACGGCGAGGUCCACAAGCUGGUGCUGGACAGCGAAGACGAGGUCAUCGUCAGUAAGAAAGCGCUGGUUGCGAUUAACGUGCAAGGCGAGGUUGACUGUAUAGAACCAUGGACACUGACUAAGACUCAGGUUGAGCAAUCCCAGUCUCAGGACGUUGUUAAGACCAACGACUGGAAGCACUAUUUACAGCAGGCUUUGAACACGCUGAAUCACAUAAAGCGCUCCUUGCUCAACGUCGUCUCUGGUGCAAACGAGUAUGUGAAGGUCAAAGGUCCUCGUACUGUGUUGAUCCAGGCCAACUCUUCGACCUCACCUCUCUUUGAGCUGGACACGGAGAAUAAGUCUAUACGCAUCACGGAAUCUAAGCUUGAGGACUACGCUUCCUUCCAAUCGCAGGAUUCAAGAGACUACUUACACUAUGUGACGGUGCAAAACGGUGAGGUGAAAUUCACCUCGACUCCAGACUUCAAGGCAACGGUGGAUAAGAUUGCAAAGAAGAGUGGUUAGAAUUAGAUACAUAGGAGAGAUGUGGAAGGCGAUUCCGUUAAAACAUAUUAUCAUACAUUAU